ACUCUCUGUCCUUAAUUCUGAGUUCCAGAUGCUACAGUACCUGUAUCCUUGUGCUGUGUGAACCUAUGAGACAAGACGAAAUAAGGAAUUACUUUUCUUUUGACUCAAUACUGAAAAGUUCUCCAAGGCUCAAGUAUGCCUGAGGUAUUUCCCCCCAAUCCAAUCUCCCUCCCCAACACACACAAAUAAACACAAUGUGCCCUGAGAGACUGAGUUCUACUACCCCCUAGUGGCCAGAGAGGAAAGGACUGUCCCACCCAGUCAAUCAGGACCUUCCUGCCUUUUCCGCGCAGUGGAAGACUCCUAAGGAAAAACCCAAUAGCAUAUUUGGGGCCGACGGCUGGGAGGAAUUCCUGGGCCAGGGACCCAACCCGCGUCACAGCAGCAAUCUGAGCCACAGCAGUGACAACGCCGGCUCCUUAACCCGCUGAGCCACCAGAGAACUCCCCGACGGCACAUUUUAUAAAUGAGAAAAAGAGGCCUGGAGGAAAACAAUCACUUGAGGAAUAAGGAUAUAGUUGGAACCAGAACCCAAGUUUCCUGACUCUCAGGUCUCCUGUUUCCACGGUAACCGGUGCUUUCCGACCUUCAGUUUGCAGCGGUCGCGCUGCAGCCACCGCCGUUGUUGCUGGGCGACGGUGGAAAAAAGCUGGUGUCUUGAGGUGGGGAUCCGGGCUUCCGGUAGGAGCGGUUUGAGGGAAGCUUGGACUCCCAUGUAGGGGCGCGGGACAGCGGGCCCAGCAGCCCAACCUCCCCGGGCCCAUGGCGGGGGUAGGGGGUGGGGCAGGGGGCUCGGGCUGGACCUGGCGGCCAGUGGCGCGGGACCCGCUGCUGGCGCGGGCCUUCCAUUCAUGCACCGAACUGCGGGGACGGUUCUAUCUGGUGGGGGGUCUCCUAGCCGGGGGAGCAAGAGAGCCGAGCAGUGAUACGGUGGUGUUCGACCCUGCUAGGGGUCAGGCGGUGCAGGUGCGAGCCCCGGGCGGACCGAGGCGCAGCCAUCAUGACGCUGCACCGGUGGGCGGGCGCUGGCUUUGUGUGGUGGGCGGCUGGGACGGGUCGCGCCGCCUGGCCACAGUGGCCGCUCUGGACACAGAGCAGGGUGUGUGGGAGGUGUGGAACGCCGCCCCCGGCAACCGCCCCCCUGCCGGCCUCAGUAGUCACACCUGUACCAGCCUCUCCGACCGAGAGCUGAGGGUGGCAGGCAGGGAGGGAGGGACCCGCACUCAGCGCCGCUAUGGAAGCAUCUACACGCUAAGGCUGGAUCCUGGCGCCCGCACCUAUUGCUAUAAGGAAGAAGGCUGCCACACAGUCUCACGCUCUGGUCACUGUGCUGCCCUGCUGCGAAUUCCUGGGCCCCAGCCAGGUCACCAGCUAUUGCUUUUUGGGGGUUGCAACUCAGCUGAACCAGAAGUAGUAGGGCGCUGGAGCCAUGGGAAGAUUAAGGAGGAACCACCCGUUGCACCCUGUUUGAUGGAACAGCUUGCAAGGCUCGUGAGCAGGGGGCAGGGGUCCAGGCAGGGGCCUCGAGGACUACGGCAUCACUCAUGUUCUGUGGUUGGGCCCUUUGCUGUGCUGUUUGGUGGAGAAACUCUGACCAGAGCCAGAGACACCAUCUGCAAUGACCUCUACAUCUAUGAUACCCGCACGUCUCCUUCUCUAUGGUUCCACUUCCCCUGUGCAGACCAUGGGCUAAAACGCGUGGGCCAUCGGACCUGCCUUUGGAAUGAUCAGCUCUACCUGGUUGGGGGUUUUGGUGAGGAUGGCCAGACAGCUAGUGCACAGGUUUGCAUUCUGGACCUUUUUGUCUAAAGAAUAGUACCAAGACACACUGCCAACCCUCUGUUUUGUUGCAAACUCAUAAAGCAUUAUCACCAGAGCUAUCUGCCUCAUUCAAAAUGCUUAUUAAAUUUCAACCUGAGAGUCAA